AUGAUUGCAUAUCGAAAUGGAAUUUAUUAGGGAACCUUGCAAAAUGGGAUUAAGGAAGGAAUAGGAAUAUUUUGGUGGCCUACAGGAUCUAUUUAUAUUGGUGAAUGGUACAAGGAUAUGAUUCAUGGAGAGGGGAUUAUAUUGAUCAAUGACAAUAUCAUAAGAGCUUAAUUCAAGAAUAACAAAUUUCAUGGUUUAUGUGUUAAUUAUACUUAGAGUGAAUUUUAUAGAUUUGAAUAUGGAUAAUUGAAUGGAAAAUGUUUGAAGGGAUAAACAGUUUCUCAAUAUCGCAGAGGAGACUUGAUUCAAAUCGAUACAAAUUUAGAAUCUGUUGAUGUUUUGUUAGAUGAAUUCUAAAAUAGGUUAUUGGAUUUAGAGGAAAUCUUGGAUAGGAAUCAAUGUACUUCAAUAGGAAUCACAGAGACAUUCCUUGGGAGAAUGAAAAGAGGAAAACAGUUGGGAUUGGGUAUAGAGAAUAUGUUUACAACUGAAAAAAGGAUAGGAAUUUUUCAUGAUUAAAGUCUAACAAACAUCGGUUAGAUUUGGAUGAAUGGAGAUAUUUAUACUGGGGGUUUCAAAGAGAAUAAAUACGAUGGUUUAGGUUGUUUUUUCAUUAGUGGUGAAAUGAAGAUGAUUUAAGGAAUAUUUCAAAAUGGAAAGUGUGUGGAAAUAAAAAAGAAAUAAAAUGGAGAUAUCGAAGCCUAUAAAAUAUUGGCCGAAUAAACAUUCUAAGCCCUACAAUCCACUACAAUCCAGCAAAGAGUGCCUAUACCUUAUUUGCAAUAAUGUUAAUUUGAGGUCUCCAACACUUGGACUUAGAAUAGUAUUUCAUAGAUACCCUAAUCUAUCCAAGAGAAGGAUGAAAAGGACCAAACCUUUUUGGAAGUAGAAUUGGAUAUCCAGAAAGAAAUCGAGAAAAUCUAAAAUGAUUAAUAAACCAUAGAAGCUAAAAAGUUAUUGUAUGAUGUUGUCAACAAAUACUAGGAUAAUGAUUACUAGUUACAGUUACACCCAUUAGAAGUCGAUUAGCUUUAAACAUUUAGGAACAAUCCUUCAGUGUUGGAGAUAGAAAAUAUACAAGGGGAACAUCAGAAGAGUAAAUUUGUGUCUUCGCAUUCCCAACAAACUGAAUACUUUCAUGUUAAUGAUUCGAAGUAGCCAUCGGGACAUAGUUGCAAGAGAUUACCAUUGCAAACACUCAAGAAUUAAAAUAAUGAAAGCUCAGAAACUAAAUAAUCAAUAAGAGUUACUACGAUAAGUGCUAGAUCAGAACCAUAUUCCUAAGUACUAAGUUCUAGAAAAACCCCAUAUUUAUAAUGAUUUUACUUAACCC